UUUUUCGCAACGAUUACACGGUCUAACAAUCAAUUUUCCAUCUAUUAUUAUAUAUUUUCGCCGAUUGUCCAACUUAAGCUACGCCCUGUUAAAAAGAUUAGAUAGAAUGUGAUCAGAUUACAUUAAAUUACAUGCAAUUAAUUUACAUUAAAAUUGCAUGUACACUAAUCCGAUCAGAUUCUAUUAUUUUUUAACGAGGCGUGGAAACACAGGAAUAGAAGAACAAGUUAUUGCAGUUAAAAUUUCGGUAUCAAUUAUACUAAUUGAAAUUGGAAUCUUCAAUUAUCUAUUUAAUUCUGCGGACACGAGCUGGAAGGCAGAGUUGGAGGGAGCCAUUGAUCGUAUCACAGACGAGGCUGCUGAAUCUUAUUGUCUUAUUGGUAAAUUUGUUGGCUCCUGGGUCCAUCCGGAUCCAAUACGGCCACGUCUAACCAAUAGUCGUAAUGUGAGAAGACGCGCUAUUCACUCAACGUCCCAAGCGGAACUCUAGGCUGCCGAAUCGAUUAAUUUUGAAA